AUGGAAAGUUUUAUACCGGGGGAUAGAGCUGUUCACGCGUUAAUUAAUCCUGCUCACACAGUGGAUAGCAUUCGUACCUCUAACCCAAAAGAUACAGCGCUUCUCGGAGCAAUCAUUCUCAAUCCCUCAAGCAGCACCAAAGAUAGAUUCGGCGAGGAAGUCCCAGUACUCGGAAAGAAUUGGUAUGCAAAUUGUACAGCUGAUUCCUCUUUCAAGGCCCUCCACGAAGAAGAAUAUUGUCCAGAAGAUCACAUCACCUUUGGCACCAGAUACACAAUCAGCUACUUCACCAAAGAAGGUGUACUUAUUGAGCAUCCUGUCGAGGACUUCAUCGAAGAACCUAUCCCAGCAAAGAAAUUGAUAUUUAACAGACAAAGAGCCUCCAAUCUCGCCAAUAGUCCUCACCUCGCAGGCGGUCCAUACAUAGAUCUACAAAAGCCUAUCAAAAUGGAAUCAAAUACGCCUGAGCAUCCAAGGCAGCCAAUGAUCUGUGGCUACUUUGAUACCAGUUCCGAAGUUAGUCACUCAUCCACCAAAGAUAAAUGUGUGGAUGGAGGGGUCAAUAUAGCCCCAACCCCUAGCUACCAAGAGAAGCCUUCGAUAGAUAGCAGUCUCGGAAUCAAAACCUCCAAUACCAUACGCAACAUGGCUACUGUGGGACUACAAGUUGUUCAUCAUUUAGACGAAAAAUCAGCUACUCGUGCUCAAUUUCCUUUUGAUAGUCUGGAUCAUGAAUCCACGGAGGAACACAUCACUACAAUGCCAGUCACCAGCUAUCAAGAUAAACCCGCCAAAGAAGACAGUUUUGGAUGCAGAGUCUCCAAUACCAUGCGUAACGUUGCUUCUAUUGGGCUUCAAGUUGUUAACGACUUUGAUGCAAAAGCUGCUACACGCGCUCAAUUCUCUUUUGAUGGCGCAGACGAUCAAUAUUCGGAUAAUCAUGUUACUACAAUGCCUUCAACCAGGUGCCGAGACAAGUCUUCGACAAACAGCAGUCUAGGAAGCAGAGUUUCUAGCAGCAUGCGUAACUUGGCUGAAGUUGGUUUACAAGUUAUUCAUGAUUUAGAUGAGAAAGCCGCUCGUCACGCCCGGUUCUCCUUAGACAGCCCGACUCCUAUGGCCCAAGAGCCGGUUAAUACAAUUCAAACAAACCCUUUCGAGAAAUGGCUCCAUACCAUCAAGCGACGAGGUGGACAUAGAAAAGCCACCAGUUGUGAUAUGCCCAGGAAUGGAACUGAAGGGGGCAUAUUCGAAAGACCCAACACAACAGAAAGCCGACCUGGCCACAGAAAAUCCUUAUCGGGCAGCUCUUUCGGUUUUGUGAGUAAUAUGAAGAGUGUAGGUACCAGUCUUGCGAGCUUCAGUAUUGCACCACGUUCAAGGACUGGCGUUUCUUCUCGUCAUCAGCGAACCGAUUACAGCAGUAGAGCAUCGUACGCUGUAAGUAUCCUUCUUCUUAUCACAAACUUGCGAAUAUGCCAGAAUUUCUCUUCAAAUACGAAAGGAGACAAUUCAAAUGCUAAUACAAUCCUACAGGGAAGAGCAUCCGAAGAUAAUGCAAAUUGCUUGUCACGCGGCUUUAUCAUGGAUAAGGAUGUUCUCAAACGCAUGGAGCAACGUCAAGGUGUCAUCGAGGAAAUUAUUUCCACCGAGAAGGUUUAUCUAGAUGAUAUUCGGGCUCUCAUACGUGUAUGCGACAAGAAGCCCACUCUACUUGAGCCUUUUACUGACACAUUACCAGGUUUUCGAUGGUCUUUUACUCGCGAUUCCAAUUCUCUCGCAGAGCUUACGCAAGUCCAUUGCUCUCACGCUCAAAGAUAUAUGGACCCACAAUAACGAACUCUACAAUGAACUCGUCAAAGUUGUGGCAAAUACCAAUAAAUUCUCUGGAGUAGUCUUGGUUGAUCUACCAAGUCAUCCACCAGUUAAAGGACAUAAGCGAUGGCAAAGCCUGGGAGAAGUACCUGCUUCAGAGUCUACUGAUAGCCGUGGCCGACACAUUGGUGACCCGAAGGUAGCGGGAGAGAUUGCAAAGGUCUUUUGUGGAAAGGUUCGACUCUACACCUUGUUUGAUGGUAUAUAUACUAAAACAUAACAAGCAGAUCCCAGGCUUGUUCUUGUACGAAUCAUAUGGCAUUAUGCACAAGGAAGUGAUGAAGCAGAUCCAUACAACAUAUCGAACAACAGAUGAGUGGAAAGAUUUUAAUCAAGCAAUCCGGUCGACUGAGGAAAUGAUCGUCUCUACGGAUAAUCGAAAGAGUGGCUCACAAAAAGGGAGAAUUUUCGAGGAUUAUUUCAUCAAGGUUAGGAUCUGACCUCCCUAAAAUUUGCGGUCGAUAUUAACGAUAUUGAAGCCGAUCCAUCGCAUCGCUAGAUACGAGGUUUUGUUUGGGCGUCUCCUAGAACAAAGCCCCGUCUGCGAUUGCCCGGAAUCCUCAACCACUGUAGAGACGACUCUUUUCCGAAUCAAAGAAUUGCACAAGACGAUGAAUUCCGCGGCAGGCAAUCAUCAAAAAGUAACUACCAUGUCGAGAACAUGGCUCUUGCAGGACCAUCUAGUAUUUACAAGUCAAGUACGCCUUUGAAAUCCAACCGCACGCUUUCUUGCUAAUGUUAUGCAGCCGGAAAGUAGAUCUCGCGACAAGAUUCGUACCCUGGAGCAGAAUCAUUUGUGUGGUGUGCUUCAUGCUUGCUGGCAGACGAAAGAUACUAUUGCGGGUCACAAUAUCACCGGACAGUAUUUUAUAGCUCUCUUGUAUGAGAAAUUCUUCGUUCUUGCCCAGCCUUCUGGGAAUCAGGAUGAGUUUUAUGCGGUUCAAGCUUGUAUUCCGAUCAGUGAGCUCAGUGUGGAGGAUGUUGAUAAUGGUAAAGGUAGGCAAUUAUAUUUUUGCUUGAUGCUAUCUGAUUUACUACGGUGCUGCAUAGUUUCUAACAUAUGGGAUAGGUCUACAAUGCCACACGGCGCCUCAUUCAUGGAAAAUAGUCUUUGAGCAUAUUUCUCAACUCUUCGAAAUUAUUAUGAGUGCAUGCUCAGCAAAGGAGGAGUUGGAGUGGAAGAGCCGCCUUAUUGAUCGUUCUGGCAAGCAAUGUGAUAGCACUGUUCAACAAGAAAUGACAGCAUCUCUGUCGCUUGAUAUCAAACCAAUGGGGACAAUCUAUGGAAAACCAGGUAUGUUUCACUCACUCGUAGUAAUUCCAACAAGACAACUAACCUACCUCAAAAUAGGCACCAUUGCUCGCCGCAAGUCCAUCCACAGAGCAACAACAAUGAAAGGACAAACCACCAUUCCCCGCAGCGUCAUCGUAAGAAACACAAGCGCGACAACUGAACCGUCAAUCUCCAGUUCCGCCUCUCAACUCUCAAUUAACAGAUCCCAAUCCCUAGCCGGUCCACACCGCCCUACAAUCCUCGCUCCUCCACGCACCGAACGCGUGCGUCUUGAAACCCUCCUCGCAGAUGUCUGGACGCGCGAUAUCAUCCCCUAUCCCGGCAUGGGCUCCAAACCCCACAGAGAACACACAGUCCGCGCAUCCGCGUCUUCCAUGAUGCGUAAAAUUAGCCAUGCGAGUAUUUCUAGCAUUACGAAACGCUCGGGUACAGGUAGUAUAGCUAGCCUCCAUAAGAGCGAAGACCACACAGCGACCGAGAUGGAUAGUCUGAGACCAAUGAUUCUCAAUCGCCAAGCUCGUCAUAAUUCAAGUGAUAGUAUGCCAUUACCUGAUCUCGAACACUCCCUAUCGCAAGAUACAAGUGCUGGAAGACAUAGCUCUCGCCUUGCAGUUAUUAUCGACGAGAAGGAAAGCAAUGCCAGUACCAAUGGUGCGCGCUCCACAAGCGGUAGUCCAAUCAUGGCACGACUUGCAAGUUUUAAAAGUAAAAAUAGUGAGGGAUCGCUAGCCGAUUCCUUGAUUUCUAAGCGCUCUACUGUUUCAAAAUCUCCGUCGGGAAAAAGCUCAUUAGCAUUACCGGUUGUGACGGCGGCGCAUGGAGAGGAAUUGAGAAAGGAGAAUAUGCUGCAUUUGUUGAAGAUGUUGGAUGAUGAUGUUAGUGGGGAGGAGGUGGCGGGGGAUUUGUUACAAGCGCAGCAGAGGAAGGGAAGGAAUAGGACGAUGCUUGUGGAGGGGUUUAAGAAUUUUUUUCGUUGAAAUGAGGGUUGUGCAUUGUCGGGUUUGGUUUGGUUUGUAUAUUUUCUUACGGAGUAUUUUUUAUAGGGUAUAUUAUUAAUUAUUUGAUUUUUGUGGGCAUUGUGUUGUGCUUGUGUGGAUAGCUUUUGGGUGAUGAAGAUUUUACUUGUGUACUU